AUGAUCGGCACUCAUAAAGCCAAGGCCCUGGCGGUGCCUUCGCUAUUCAGCAUCGCGACAAUUGCACUUCUUGCUCCAGUUACACAAGCUCACGAACACGACACAACUAAGAUUCCUGAAGGCGAAACCGUUUCUUUAGAGCCAUUAGAUACGGUAUUAUGGAUACACAUUUUCAUUCAGAUGCUGGCUUAUGGCGUUAUUUUCCCAGUCGGUAUGGUUUUAGGUAUGACCAAGAACCGAUGGCAUGUGCCAACUCAAGCCGUAGGCACAAUAUUCGCUAUUCUUGGCUUUUUCCUUGGUCAUGCGCAUAAAGGUCGCCAGUUCAUUCCGAAUCAUGUCCAUGGGAAAUUUGCACACAUUCUUCAGCUUUCCCUUGUCGCGCAGGUUGUUCUUGGACUGUAUCUCAAGGGACACUGGGAAAAGGGCAUCAAUGGCAAGAUUCGAAAACUGAUUCGUCCUUGCCAUUCAUUCCUUGGCAAGCUGAUGCCUGUGAUGGCAUGGACGCAGAUGAUCUUUGGUGGUGUCACUGCUCUCGGCUUUUGCCAAGGAGAUCACACUGGCCAAUGCGCAGCCCAUUUCAUUAUGGGCGGUGCGUUCAUCGCAUACGGAAUCCUUCUUACGAUUAUUCUGGUCGUUGGCCAGCUUUGGAUUCGCCGAAAUGGUCGUUCUCAAGAGUUCUACGAUAGCGUUGCCAUUGCCGCAUGGGGCUGCGUCAACACCUUCACUGAGCACCGCUGGGGUACCGACUGGGUCAAGAACGACUGGCAACACACUACAAUGGGCAUUAUAUGGUGGUCUGCUGGUCUCGGAGGUAUCUGGCUAAGCAAGGACCGCGAUGGAAACCCCAAGCGCAACUUUAUUCCGGCCUUCGUUAUCUUUAUCACCGGCUGGGCCAUGUCCGCCCAUCCCCAGGAGCUCAUGGUCAGUGCUGCUACGCACACCAUGUUCGGGUACACUCUUAUGGGAGUUGGUCUCACUCGAAUUAUCGAGAUUGCCUUUAUCCUGAGAGAUGCGCACUCCAUUUCAGAGGAUGGCCGAGCAGCCAACAGCUUCCAGUUUAUUCCUUGUUUCCUUAUGUAUGCCGCGGGAUUCCUCUUCAUGGGAGCGACAGAAGAGCAGAUGUUGCUCGUUGCCGGUUCAGCGAUGGAUCACGUCUCGUACAUCCUCAUCACUUUCUCCCUCGCAUCGCUUAUGUUUCUGUUCGUCAACAUGCUCAUUGGACUUUGGGAUCGCCUUGCCCACCCCGCACUGGACACCAAGGAGCUUGGUAGCUCCCAUUACGCCAAUGGCCAGGCGGUUGAGAACGGGCAAUUGCGCGACGCUCAAGAGUUUGAACUGGAUGGUUUGAUGAGCGACGACGACGACGACCCUAGCCGGCAAAUGCUUAACGAUAACAACACGAGAACUGCGCAAAGAAACUAA